AUGUCACACAAACAAAUUUACUAUUCAGACAAAUAUGACGACGAGGAGUUUGAGUAUCGGCAUUAUCGGCACGUCAUGCUGCCCAAGGACAUAACCAAGCUGGUCCCUAAAACCCAUUGGAUGUCUGAAUCUGAAUGGAGAAAUCUUGGCGUUCAACAGAGUCAGGGUUGGGUCCGUUAUGUGAUCCAUGAACCAGAACCUCACAUCUUACUGUUCUGGCGCCCGCUACCCAAGAAGCUGAAGAAAUGA